AUGAAGUUCUCCGUCGCCUCCGUCCUUGCUCUCGCCGUCGCCGUCCAGGCCGCCCCCAACCCCGACUUUUGGGGUGACGUCAAGUCCGGCGUUGAUGUCGGUAUCAACGGUGCCUCCAGCAUCCUCCACGAGGCCGCCACUGCCGUUGGUGGUGCUGCCUCCACUGCCGGCUCUGCCAUCAGCUCUGCUCUCCAGGAGGGCCAGAGCAAGGCCAGCUCCAUCGCCUCCCAGGCCACCAGCGCCGCUGCUUCCGAGGCCAGCCGCGUCAGCAGCGCCGUCAACUCCAUCACUGCCGCUGCUAGCUCCGAGGCCAGCUCUCUCCUCUCCAAGGCUGCCACUGCCACUGGUGCCGACAAGUCCAGCCUCGAGUCCAAGGCUGCCUCCGUCACCAGCGCCGUUCAGAGCAAGGUUGCCUCUGCCUCUUCCUCUGCUGGUGCCGUCCCUGCUCAGACCGCUGCUGUCGCCAUGGGUGCUCUCUUUGGCGGCGCUGCCCUCAUGGCCAACCUCUAA